AUGGGGUGUGUUCUCUCUUGCUCAUGCCUCCGUUCUCACGGAGAGCAGCCACAGCAUAAGUAUGAGAUUGGGAGACCAACCUGCCCAUCGACCACUGUUGAUAUCAGCUUGUUGAACCUGCAGCCAAUUCAUCCAGAGGACCCGAAUACCUCGCGUCCAGCCCUGAUUAUGCCAAUGCAGCACACCUUGGACAUGGAGCUCAUUACCGCUGCGGCUAGAUAUGCUGAUGAAAAUAGAUCUCGACGUAACGUCCACACCAACCCAGAAGCUGUAAUCGGCCAUGCGCGUACGGAUAGCAGCGUCUAUGAAGCCUCCGGAUCUGGAAAUUCGGCCACUCCUGGAACUCCAACCCCUCCGACUGAUGGUGCUGCAGCGGGAACCGGAGCAGCCACUACCGAACCAGUUCCAUCUGGAUCCAACGAGGUGGCUGAUAACGUGGCUGAUACCUCGACUGGUAACGCCAAUUAA